UUUUUAAGUAUCAACUUAUCGCUGUCAGUACCAACGAUCUACCUGUUAGUCAUAUUUUAAAUAACUUGGAGAAAAAUGGCCGCUCAAAAAGAUAUUGCACAUCCCACUAAAAUGCCAUCUGCCAUAUUUUUGGACUCUGGUGGAGUUAUUAACGAUAACGCUCAGCGUGGGCCCCAAUGGAUCCGCUAUCUUGGCGAAUUUCUUCCUACGACAGUCUUGGGAGGAGAUGCACAGAUUUGGGGUCAAGCCAAUGCACAGAUCGUUCGACCGUUUUUCAGUCGAUGGCGUGAAUAUAUGGCCCAGGCUGAAGAUCUUGCUGCUAAGGCACAAGCUAAAGCCACACAAGAACAGGAGCAAGGACAAGAAGGCAAUGCCAGAGAAACUACCGAGGAUGAACAAGCAAAGGCGACAAAUGUUUGUUGGAUCUUUGAGAGACUGCGUCUCCUGAUUUGGAUCAAAGAGAUGUGUCGUGUUGCUGGCCCUUAUGUGCCAGGGCUCGAAUCCAAGAUCUUACUGUCUCUAUCAGAUGAUGAGCUUUUCGAGAUUGCACGAUCUGCGCACCUGUAUGCAAUUCAACGAGUUAAGGCUGCUUUCCCUGGCGCUGUAGAGACGAUUCGGAAAUUAAGUGCAAACCGUUAUCCGAGUACUGGUCUGGGGCGUGGUUGCAAAUUAUACAUCAGCUCUGCAGAUAGUUUCGAGGAUCUGGAGCAUAUCUUAAAGGGGUUGGAUGUGUUUGAAUGUUUUGAUGAUAUUUAUGGAUCUGAUAGAGUCAAUUGUUUAAAGACAUCGCCACAAUACUUUCAAAGAGUAUUUGCACGUGUGGGCGUUCAUCCUGUUACUCGUGAUAAUUUCUCGGGUCAGGUUAUUGCUCGUGUUGCCGAGACUGGUGCUGAUGUGGAAGAGGUUGAAGAGAGGGAUGAGGUUGUUGUUUUGGAUGAUAACAUUGAGGCACUUAAAUAUGCACGUGCUGUAGGUGCCAGGACUGUGCUGGUGACAAGUGGGGAGAUGGUUGAUCUGUCAUUGGAGGAGUUUUGGCAUGUUGACUAUCAGAUCCAGAGCCUAUCAGAACUACCAGAUUUGCUCGAAUCAUGGAAGAUUCACCUUGCAGGGCAGGUCGUUUAAUCGUUCAAUGAGUUUUACAAGUUUUAGAAAUAAA